CUAGCUAAACCACAAACGCGUCCUCCCGCGAUCGCUGACAUCUGCUACCAACUCCACACCAACGCACUGCCACGAACAAAACGUCCUCUCGAUUUUCUUUCCUCCGCCGAAUGCUCACAACCUCUCCAUCGCCAUCGUAAACCGCUUAUACGUUGAGCAAUGGCUCCUGUUUCUAUCGACAAUGAUUUUCUCGACGACGCAUUAAAGAAUAAGACAUUACUCCCGUCAUGGCGCUCGAUAUUCACACGCAUCACUUCACCCAACACGCCUUCCCCCACCAGUGUCGCCCAGGCCACGGCAUUUCUGUGCUCCAAAUACUCUCUGAAUGCGCUCCAGAACUGCCACAAUCCGUUCCCUCCUCCUUCCGCUGCAUCCAAGCAAGAAUUUGAGAGGCGUACAGCUCCGAUAAACUUCACCGCCGCCGACCAGCCUGGAGGCGAUGGCUGCGGGACGAUACCGUCGACCCUCCCACUGAUCGCCGAGCUGAAGACUGCAGCACUCGAUCUCAGCAAAACGUUAAACAUUGACGAGAUCUCUGCGCUACGCAUCGUGGUACUGGAACACCAUGGCCGCCCGGUGAAGGCUUUAUUGGCUGCCGAGGCGGGUGCCGGCGGCGAUGCAACAGACCUCGGCGCAAGCACCUUUGGCGCAAGCUUCUUGGAGAGCAUAUUCCGACCGAACAACGCCGAUGAUCGAAAACAGAAGGAUGACAGAAUCUUCUUCGAUCGUGUGGAGAUCUACCUUUGUGAGCGGCGAUAUGUUACAAAGGUUGCCGUGGCGCUGCUGAGGGCUGCGCUCGGUCGGGAUAGCGUUUGGAACGACGCCGGUCAACAGCUCAGUUCCCAACUGGUGGCGACGGGAUGGGUCGGAUAUGCGAUAGGUAUUGUGGAAGGAAUUCGAUCGAGAUGGUUCGAGGCGGGGAGUGAUGAUACCGGUCGGCCAACCUGGGUUAAACAAAGGUUAGAGGAGCCUGAAGUUCGCGAUCAGGUUGCAUACACAUGGGAGAAACAGACAUUUUUGGAGAUCAUACAUCUGCAACAGCUGCUCUUUCUGCUGUUGUACAAGCCGCCACCACAGCCUGUCAACGGCAAGUUGGCAACUGAAUGGUUUCGACUGAUGGAGAAUGUCAGGUUCUUCGAUAAGAGAGGCAGACCACGGGUGCUGUUUCCAACCCAUGAGGAGAUCAGCAAUUUCUAUUCUUAUACGGCUGGGCUAGCAUCGAUAGUCUCUGUAGCGAUGCUUCAAAUCCCAACCGCCUUGGCCAUCAUCGAUGAAGAGUUCGCUGAACCUCUAUCCCCAGGAUCCUCUGCUACCCCUCCUGCUACGGCACCCCCUUCACUACAACCUACGGCACCAAGUGAAGCCUUUUACAUUAAGGAUCCAUCAGCGAUCAGAGCGAUUACAAACUCCAUGCAAGCAUGUGCUGGUCGUACCUACACAAGUAGUCUUGCCGUGAUGGGAUGGGCGUUUCUUUUGGGCCACAUCAAUGAGCUCAGUAGGAAUGUGCCUCAUUGGGAUGACGCCGACGGACUUGCCAUACGUGGAACCCCAGCCGUUGAGAUGUGGGGCCAACAUCUGCCAGGGCUUUUCCCUACGACGGUGGAAGUGGGUCUCGCAAACUUGGUCGGGCACCCGGUGGUACAAAUGCCAGCUUCCAUUGUAGGUCUGCUUGACCCUACUGAAGCCAAGCCAGAAGUAUCAGGAUUUCACCUGGACGGCGAAGAGGAUGGCUUGAGGAUGAAGAAUGUAGUUGCAGACCUUGUGCGCCAGACGCAGAAGCUCUUCGAGUUUACGGGCACCCUUAUCGUCGCAACAUUUUUGCCGCACAAUGUCGAAUACAACAAGCUUUCAGCUUACGAGAAGUUCCUGAACGACGAGCCCAAACUUUUGGAGGAACCGCCAAACCGGAUCGAUUGGACUGGAGGUUCGGUGGAGAAAUUCUGGCAGCACGAAGGCGCGGCAGCACUUCUUGCUCGGGCAAAGAACCGGUUUCCCCAUGAGCCUCUACCGUUCCUACGUCUCAUCCGAGGUUUAACAACUCAGGAUGCAACCCUAAUCGGGUAUCUCGCUCGUGUGCCGACCUAUACGGAAGCCCUUCCGCAUGGGUUCAAGGAUUUUGAGGAUUUGGAAACGCCAGAAGAUGACGACACUCGCUACAUUCAGUUAGAACAAGACCUGGAAUUGUUCCCGACACGGGAUGGAGGCAUGUUUGAGUUCGACGACCAGGAAGACUCAUUGGCUGUGCUGGGCGGUAUCGUCAUCCCACAGGGCACGCAGGGUAUUGUGAUCUCUAGCGGCGGUACCAAACAAGUGGUAGCCUGGCGACACGAGUACAAUGCUCUUGCACUAUUUGGCCGUAUCUUGGAAUGUGCAGCUUCCAGCCAAGCUGGCGAAGUAGCGUUGGUUCAGACCGAGAUUGUAACAGAGAUUGUGUCGCUGUUCACAAUGUUGAUCGCUUCCUCCAAGGAAUCUGCAGCGGCGCUGGCACGAGAGCCAGAAAUUCAUGAGGCUCCUCAAGUUCUGAUGGAAGCUAGUGAGAUGUUGGAGAGGACUAAGGAUGUCAUCUCGGUUGUCUUUGACCUUCUGGACUCGGCGCUGAAUCGUUACACCACUGAGAGUCCUUUCUUCGUUAUCGGGGUGGAGUUUGUCAACUCGCUCGUGCAUCUGGCACCAGGGCGUGUGUGGGCCUACCUCGCCAGGAGUGUACUGUUGGAAAGACACGGACGCGGUGGCGCGUUCGCUGGUUAUCUUUCGGCAGUGGAGGUUACCCAGGGGAGCUACGACUUCACGUUGUCUUGCCUGACACUCUACGAAACCCUUGUUGAGGAGGCUAUUCGAAGCAGCGCCACUAACAAAGGAUGGAGUAAGCCUCUUGGUUCCUCAUCUAAAGCUAUCAUGCAUGGUCCUACUGGCACGGGCGCCAAUGACACCGUCCUACGAGAAAUACUCCUUGGGUUUACGCGAAUUGUUGUGGAUAUAUUCGAGAGCUAUCGGUCAUUCAAGUAUACUAAGGACGUUGCCCAGAAGCUCCAUAUUGGAACAUUGAUCGCUAGAGUCUUCACCAAGAUUCUGUACUACGUUUACGGUGUGGACGAGUUCUCGGAUGUGGAUCACAAGGUCACGAGCGUAUUGGUACCCAGCGCAGAAUAUCUUGUUUCUGUGUUUUUGAGCACUGCGACGAGCGAUCUACCAAUCGAACCAAUCUUGGGAGCUAUCUCAGAUGGCGUCCAAACCCCGGAAAGCAGCUUGUACAUACAGACCUUGGGAACUUGGGUGGACCAGGUAGUAAAUGUGGUCAAGUUUGCGGACAUGUUGGCGAGAGUCCGCCUUUAUCUUGGACACGACCCUUCACACCUGGAGAAGCAGUUGUACGCGGCAUCUGCCUCUAUUGCCAAGCUAUAUGCAGCAGACGAGAGGUACAGAAGACAUGUUCUGGAGCUGUUCGAAAGCUUGGUAAAGUCUUCCGGAUCCUUCGCCGAAGAGCCUCCUUCGUUACUGGGACACCUGGGCGUAGAUUGUGCGAAUCAUUUCGUCGCCCUUUUGUCGGAUCUUGACCGGCCAUACCAGGACGAGGGCAUCGAGACUCGCAUCUGGAACUUCAUCUCCGCAGUAGUAAGCAACAAACAACAGGGUAUGACGAUACUUCUUCUUCAAGGCAAAGCCCUCCGGCAAGGCAAGAGCGCUGGUCAGGCCGUGGCUGGGAAGAAGAAGUCGAUGCUGGCGAUAUGCUUUGAUGCCUUGGACGAGAUUGAGCGUCUUCCCGUCGAAAAGACUCUGGCGAUGUUGGAGAUGGUCUCAACGGCACAGAAUUUCUGGAAUUUGGCCAUGGAUGAUAUCGGAAAGCACCCAAGGCUGUUGUCGGGUUUGACCAAGCAUGUCGAAAACUUCACGAUUGAGUUCCUGCCUGCAGAUUCUAAGGAACUCAUCACCGAGAAGUCAUGCAAGUUAGCUGUUGCGGCGCAUAUUGCUCGGAUACUCGCGUUGUACCUUCACACAAGGAGGCCGUCGCAGCGGGACGAAGUAUUCUUCAAGCAACUUCUUCCCCGGCUGAACUUUUAUUUCGAGAAGGCCGUGAAGAUUAGUGGAUACAGACCGAGUCUCCACGCACACCUUCAGAAGAACUUAGAAGAAAAGUGGCCAGGAGUCAAGCUUGCACAGCUCAAAAAGACUAGGCUGAGAAGGACGAUAUACGGGGUGGACGCAGUCUACGACAUGGUAUUGGGCGACAAGGUUCUCGGAUUCGAUCCUGGCUGGGCUGGGCGUCCGGACGGGUACCGAUGUGAGGUCGAGCGGGCGAAUCUCAACCUGUCACUGGUGCAGACACAAGUUGAUCUGCUUUCAGCCUGGGAACUGCUCGCGGUUGAGCUCUGUGACUUUGUCGAUAACAGUAAAGAGCUUACCGAUUCCCUGGUGAGUGUGGUCGAAACUUGCCUCCAAGAAAACGUGGAGACAGGACUUCCGGCUCCCAUCUUCACACAGAUUCUCGCCCGCCGGGCGGAGUUUGCUUUCGUCGUUGUCCGCAAACUGCAUCAGGCGCUGCCGGACUCGGAUCUUUUCACGCGCGUCUUCACGGUUGCCCUGAAGGCUAUCCACAACAGCACGACACAGUUCCGACAAGCUCUUGUCACCGCCGACAUGGACUACUACCGCUCGCUACUGCGAAUAAUCUACAUCUCCCUCAAUGCUGCCGUCAAGCAAGAAAAACACUCGCAAGAAUUUGGCAUCCUCGUCGUCGACCUUCUCGACAUUGUAGUCGCAAAGGGCUUCAAAGACCUUGCUCAAGCUGCCCACCAACACCCUGACCGAGCGAAUCCCCAGGACAUUGCCCUGGUAACCGGUAUCCUACAGGCAGCCCUGCGGAUAAAAGACUCUAGUGAGAUCCACUACGGCCUUGCCAACCACUUGCACGAGAACCAGACGAUUCGGGCUGCUACCACCCUCUUUUCAUGGGCUGAGCAACUCGCUACAAACGAAGAGGAUCCGGUCUACGGUGAACUUUCGGUCCUUUUCCUCCUUGAGCUCUCGUCAGUUCCGGUAAUUGCCGAGCAACUCGCCCUUGAAAACAUCUUGGAGCUUCUAACAUCUACCACCCUUGCCGCACGCAUUAGAGAGGGCGUCACACCCCUCUCUCACCCGCGCCUCCAUGCAAUCUGGUACCGCGGACUACUUCCUCUCGCCCUUAACCUCCUCGCCAACAUCGGAAUCCGCUACGGCCGCGAGAUAAUCGCAUUCCUGAAGUAUUUCAGUCCGCAGAUUCGCGUGGCGAUGGUAGACGCAUGGAAGAGCAAGCAGUCCACAGUCGUCGUCUUGCCUGCCGUGAACGAGUGCAUUGGCAUCGCGAUGAUCCUCGCCAUCGUCCAGAAACUCGGUGGGAAACAAGAGCUUACCUCGGGAGUCAAUCUCGAUACUUCGACUAUCGUCGAGGGUGUGGAUUACUUCUUGACCCACAGGAAUUACUUGAAGAGUCUCGUCACCGCAACGAGUGUGGAGGAGGAUGAGGUGCUGAGGGCUGGUGACGGCGAUGAGGAGGGUGGACUGGUGGAGAAGGUGGUUAAUGGGCUUGUUACACUUCAGGGGUUAUUGGCGGAUGAUGUUGAGGAUUAGUGAAGUGGUGGUGGUAAUUGGGAGUUGUUUCUUUCUGUUUUUGUUUUGGGUGGUGGUGGGGAUGUGGGGAUGAAGAUGCUAUGCUAUGCAGAAAACGGGGAUAUCGUUUUAUGUUAUGGUGCUGGUGAUUGGGUGCGUGUGGUGGAGAUUUGUGUGGAUUUGUGUAUAUAUGACACGACUGAUGCCCCAUUCAACGAUGGUCCCUCUUCUUCGUGCCAUCUUCGAAAGAAAAUGUAGUAACCACCCUUUUGAUCUUACAAACCGUAUCUCAUAUCACAAACUAGUAGAGCAGGAAGUAUUCAUUCGCCAUCUAACUCCAUCCCAGAAACAAUCAAAUCAAAUUCGUAGUACAACGCGGGUAACAGCGAGGAGGAAAUCACAUUUGAUCUACGAAACCGCACUCUGCCAGGGGCGGCCUACAAGCAAAUACGCGCAUCUCAUCAGCUACUCUGCUUUCCCC